GCGCCUGGCUGGGGUCCGAAAGUACAUAUCAUGCGAGCCGAGCACGAAGACUUUCGAGGGCCUUGAGGAGCUCGCUUCCUUUGCAGCUGGCGACCUGGAGGUGGACCUCCGCUGCUGCGGCAGCGAGCUCUUCGUUCCUGAUGAUACCGUGGAUUUGGUCUUCACCUCACCGCCGUACUUCAACACGGAGCUCUACAGCGAUGAGGCGACCCAGAGCCACGUGAAGUUUCCAACAGCCCAGACCUGGCGCCUGGGCUUUCUGGAACCCACUCUUCGGAAUGCGGCGGCGGCGCUGCGUCCGGGAGGAUACUUUCUCUUAGCGCUGACAGCGAGACGAACUCAUCGUCGUGCGGGUCUGGAUCUCGAAGCAGACGUGCAAGAGAUCGCAGCGACAUUGGGCCUGCAGCAG